AUGUCAUCAGAGAAUAAUAUCACACUGGCAUCGAACGUCCUCGGCACCAUCGGGACGGUUCUCUGGUGCAUCCAACUCAUACCACAGAUCUGGUAUAAUUGGCGCCGUAAGAACACAGAUGGAUUCCCUGCAGCGAUGAUGUUUCUGUGGGCAAGCUGCUCGGUUCCAAUGGGCGCAUAUCUGAUUCUGCAGCAAGUCAAUAUCCCGUUGCAGAUUCAGCCUCAGAUCUUCGGAUUCUUUUCGCUGGUUAGUUGGAGUCAAGUUCUUCAUUAUAACCACAACUAUAGCAAAACUAAGGCUGUUCUGGUAUGCUUAGGCACAAUUGUUUUAUUUGGGGGAUUGGAGGCUCUUCUCAUCCUAACAUUGAGAAUACCAUAUAAUAACGGGGUAACAUGGCCCGACAUCGUGGUUGGGGUUAUAGCCGCCAUUAUCCUCAUUGCAGGACUAGUGCCGCCGUAUUUUGAAUUGUGGAAGAGAGACGGGCGUGUGAUUGGCUUCAAUUGGGUCUUCCUCUGCAUCGACACGUUGGGUGGGCUGUUUUCUCUCUUCGCAUUAGGUCAGGCCUGGUCUGCAUCCUAG